UCAGUCAUAUAGUAUUUCAUUAUAAGCUGUUUGAUCAAAGGUGAAACGUCAAGAAGAAAGUUACAUUUUUUGUUUUAGUGAAAUCUAUACUUAUUAUAUUACCAUGCGCGAAUGUAUAUCUAUACACGCUGGACAAGCGGGUGUACAAAUUGGGAAUGCGUGCUGGGAGCUGUAUUGCUUGGAACAUGGAAUUCAACCGGAUGGACAGAUGCCUUCGGAUAAAACCGUUGGAGGUGGUGAUGAUUCGUUCAAUACAUUUUUUAGUGAAACCGGGGCUGGCAAACAUGUGCCAAGAGCUGUUUUUAUUGAUUUGGAACCUACGGUGGUAGAUGAAGUACGCACCGGUACCUACAGGCAGCUUUUUCACCCCGAGCAGUUAAUCACUGGGAAGGAGGAUGCUGCGAAUAAUUAUGCAAGAGGUCAUUAUACUAUUGGCAAAGAAAUUGUUGAUCUUGUGUUGGACAGAGUACGUAAAUUAGCAGAUCAAUGCACAGGUCUCCAAGGAUUUCUAAUCUUCCAUUCAUUUGGAGGCGGCACCGGAUCUGGUUUCGCUUCGCUUCUUAUGGAGCGCUUAUCGGUCGAUUAUGGUAAAAAAUCUAAAUUGGAAUUUGCAAUUUACCCUGCACCCCAAAUUUCGACUGCUGUAGUGGAACCGUACAAUUCUAUACUGACUACGCAUACAACCUUAGAACAUUCUGACGCUGCUUUUAUGGUAGACAAUGAAGCCAUCUACGACAUCUGUAGAAGAAAUUUAGAUAUAGAGCGACCAACUUAUACUAAUUUGAAUCGUCUUAUUGGACAAAUAGUAUCUUCGAUCACAGCUUCAUUACGGUUUGAUGGUGCGUUAAAUGUAGAUCUUACAGAAUUCCAAACAAAUUUAGUACCUUAUCCACGGAUUCAUUUUCCUUUAGUUACUUACGCUCCGGUAAUAUCUGCGGAGAAGGCUUACCAUGAGCAACUUUCAGUCGCUGAAAUAACUAAUGCUUGCUUUGAACCUGCAAAUCAAAUGGUGAAAUGCGAUCCUAGGCAUGGCAAAUAUAUGGCCUGUUGUAUGUUAUAUCGUGGGGACGUAGUACCUAAAGACGUUAAUGCUGCCAUUGGGACUAUCAAAACAAAACGUACGAUCCAAUUUGUUGAUUGGUGUCCCACAGGGUUUAAAGUAGGUAUUAAUUAUCAGCCGCCUACUGUUGUUCCCGGCGGAGACUUGGCAAAAGUACAACGCGCAGUCUGUAUGUUAUCCAAUACGACUGCAAUUGCGGAAGCAUGGUCCCGUUUAAAUCACAAGUUUGAUUUGAUGUACGCAAAGCGUGCUUUCGUUCACUGGUAUGUGGGCGAAGGUAUGGAAGAAGGUGAAUUUUCUGAGGCUCGUGAAGACUUGGCAGCAUUAGAAAAGGAUUACGAAGAAGUUGGCAUGGAUUCCGGCGAGGGAGAAGGUGAAGGUGGCGAAGAAUAUUAACGUUGAAUUUUAAUUUCUAUUUUAGAUCAACUUGCAUAUUUAAGUUCGAAAUGUAGUAUUGUUACCACUUUAUUUUAUGCGUGUGUUUAGGUAUAUUAAAUUAAAUUUACAAGUU